AUGUCAACAAGCCCACCACCAAAUGCAAAUACUUUAGUUCACUGGUCCGAAAUUUUGAAAGGAAUCAGAAAUGGUGCCAUUUAUGGAGCAAAAAUUAGAUUUCCCCACGCAUUCGUGAUGUCUUUGUUGUUUAGAAGAGCGAGCGUUCGGGGGCAUUUAAAAUGGAUUGGAGAGGCAACCUUUUCUCAUAGCAGAAAACUGGCUCUCUAUGUGGGAUUUUACAAGUCAUUCUUGUAUGCCAUCCAGCAAUUGUGCCUUAAAUUUGGCCUUCAAACCGAAUCUAGAUUGAUUGAGUUCAUAUCUGGAUCAACUGCCGGCAUUCUAACCUUCGGCUCCUCGAAGGACCCGAUAAAUGUCCAGAUUGUCUACUACUUGAUAUCGCGUGUUUCUGCUGCUUUGCUGUCCAAGUUUUUCACAAACUAUGAGCACAUUGCUAUUUUGUCGAAAAUAUAUGAAAGCGGCUUUCUGAUAUCUACCUUUCUUGUUUGGGGGUUGGUAAUGCAGCUAUUUAGAUUUGAUAGCAGACAUCUACACCCAUCGCUGAGGUCCUCUAUGAUAUACUUGUACGAAGAUUGCAGACUUUAA